UUAAGUGAACGAUUAGAAGGUAAAUAGUCUCAGUAACAGUAUCCUGCAGCCGCUUUAACUUGUCACGGACUUGGUUUCCUGUGUGUGAGAAGUUUGCUCAUCUGCUGGCACGCUCUCCAUUUUGCAACUGACCUACUUAAACUUGCUACAGAAGAAAAACAACAGUGUUUAACGUGGAAGAAGAAAAACAAAAGAAGGGUGGGGGGAUACGGUUCAGAGGCACUUCCCCAGUCUACCUGUGCAGGUAACACGUUGUCGCCAUGGCUGCAGCUGUGGAGCUCAGCUCGGUGUCCACGGGGAUCCGGGCAUUGUUUUGCAUGCUCACACCAAAUGAAUCAUCGUUUGAGAAAGUGGAAGAUGUUCCUCAGUAUGUGCAGCAGGCCACUCCUUUCUUUAUAGGGCUGAUGGUGCUGGAGCUGGUGGUGGGCGUGCUGAAGACAGGAGGCUCUGUGGUCAAGAUUGGUGAUGGACUCACCUCCAUAAGUGCUGGGAUGGUCUCCAGACUCCCGAUGUUGUUUAUGAGGGGCUGUGAGCUGGCCGGUUACGUGUAUGUGUGGGACCGGUAUCGCCUGGUGGAGCUGCCCUGGGACUCUGCCUGGACCUGGUGGUUGACCUUCCUGGGAGUGGACUUCUGCUACUACUGGGUCCACCGCUUUGCUCACGAGGCGGCCAUCCUCUGGGCAGCUCACCAGGUCCACCACAGUUCAGAGUACUACAACCUCACCACCGCCCUCAGACAGUCCCUCACCCAGCAAUUCGCAUCAUGGAUUUUCUACCUGCCCAUGGCUCUGGCUGUACCCCCUUCAAUCUUCGCUGUUCACAUACAGUUAAACCUGCUCUACCAAUUCUGGAUCCACACGGAGCUGAUCACAGACCUUGGACCUUUGGAGUGGGUCUUUAAUACCCCAAAACAUCACAGAGUUCACCACGGAAGGAACCUUUAUUGCAUUGACAAGAAUUAUGGAGGAAUUCUGAUCAUAUGGGACCGAUUAUUCGGUACCUUUGCUCUAGAGACAGACAAAGUGGUGUAUGGACUUGUAUAUCCUAUCAAGACAUUUGAGAUCCUCUAUAUUCAGUUCCACUACUAUUUGUAUUUGUGGAAAAAGUCCAAGAUUUACAAGAAUAUCAGCAACAAAUUGUUGACUUUCCUCAAUGGUCCAAGUUGGAAGCCUGGUAAACCUCGGCUGGGUGACCACAAAGGCAAUCCCAAGGUUACAGGAAAGGAAGUGCCUCAUGUUCCCAGCUGGCCGCUGCAUUUACAAGUUUAUGUGGUCCUACAUUUCCUGCUGGUGCUGCGGACUUACCAUGAUUUGUUUGAAAACAAGAUGGUGCUGUCUCAGCUAACCAUUCUGGGGAUGACCGGCUACGUUCUGCUCACUCUCACCUCCAUGGGCUUCAUCAUUGACCAGAGGCCAACAGCAGCUGUCCUGGAGAUGCUACGCUGUGUCGUCAUGGUGACAAUGCAUAGGUACAGCUACAUGAAGCCCCUGCUGCCUGCUCUGGCUGUUCCAACAGAGGCCUUUGUCUCCCUCUCUCUGCUGUACUGGGGUCUGCAGAGCUUCUCUCAGCUGCACGGCAUCAAGAAGAAGGCCGGCUGAGUCGUCACGAAACGUGAAAACAGAUUCACAUGCUGCUGACAAGGACUGUGAUGGGCGGGGGAAUUUUAUCUUUUGUCAGUAAAAAUGUCAGUAAAGUCAUAAUUGACAUAACUCCAAAGAAGCAGCUUUUAUCCAGCUCCUCUGUCAACUACUGCUAUUUUUAUUGUAGACGAAAACACAUGAGCUGAUUCAGCAGAUGUAAUCUUCUGCUUGAGUCACUUACUGUUUUAGGAACAACUGCAGUGUUUGAAGUCUGUUUGAUGGUAUGAUUAUUAUCAAGGCAAUGUGCUCAACACUUUUUAAUCAAAUGAUGAUUUUCUUCUGAUAAAUUUCUCCUUUCUAUAUUUUAUCUGUACUUAUGUUUAAUAUAGCAUUGCAAUAACAAGUGCUACACUGUUAAUUUAAGUACUAAUCUAUGAACAUUUUUGAUCUCCAUAGAUGAGUACUUGAUAAUAAUAUUUUUUGUCUUGACUAUGCAACAUAUACCUCUUGUACAACAAAUGUACGUAUUGAUAGUUGUUAAUUUCACUUGUGAUUUGCAAGGUUGCACAACACUGUAUGUUAGUUUUAAUUUCAGACUGCAAUAAGAACAUUUGUAAUUUUG